AUGAUUGGGCACAUAGUUGAAAUGGAUAUGGAUUACAUAAAGACUUCACACCCGAAUUUUGUGGGUGAGAGUAAAGCUGUGGAGGUUACCUUGCAGCAAGUGAAAUCUUUUAAGCUUGCAACAACAGUGUCGAAGCAAAAGGAUGGAGUUGAGUCUGAAAAAGCUCCACAAUCUGAAAGGGGUAUAAAGUCACGUGCAAUUCUUGCUAGGCCUGUUAAUGGAAUUGUCACAGAACAGCAUAAUCAACCAGGGUCUCGAGCAGUUGGUGAGGUUGAGAAGCCAACAGCUGCACAAGUUGGGGAAUCUCAUCGAUUUUUGGCUAUGGAUCAUUCAUUUUCUAUGAUCCAUCUGAGGGAGUACGGUGCUUUAUGUUUUGAUACUAGUAUUGGUCAAGGGGGUACUAUUGCAUGGAAGGUGCUUCAAUACACAUUUGCUUACAACAAUGUACACAAACUAAGGAAAUAG